GAUGCCAACCGCCGUAAAACAAGAAGAAGAAGAAGAAGAAGAAGCUGAAUCCAAACGCAGCAUACGCAACAGGGUCGCGGCCACGAACGGGGAGAAGAUGCAGCGAGACAAAACAAGCAACGCCGGCGGGGCUGAAAAGCCCGACCGGGAGGCCGCCAUUAUGUCGAAAUACUACGAUGGAGUAGAAUUUCCUUUCUGCGACGAGUUCUCGAAAUAUGAAAAAAUGGCCAAGAUAGGACAGGGGACCUUUGGGGAGGUGUUCAAAGCAAAGCACAGGCAGACGGGGAAGAAGGUUGCACUCAAGAAAGUUUUGAUGGAAAAUGAGAAAGAGGGGUUCCCCAUCACAGCUCUGAGAGAGAUCAAGAUUCUUCAGCUACUCAAACAUGAGAAUGUGGUCAAUCUGAUUGAGAUCUGCAGAACCAAAGCUACUCAGUUCAACAGAUACAAAGGCAGUAUCUACUUGGUGUUCGACUUCUGUGAACAUGACCUUGCUGGGCUGCUGAGCAAUGCCAAUGUGAAGUUCACCCUGGCAGAGAUUAAGAAGGUCAUGCAAAUGCUGCUAAAUGGAUUGUACUACAUCCACAGAAACAAGAUCCUUCACAGAGAUAUGAAAGCAGCGAAUGUGCUCAUCACCAGAGAUGGUGUCCUGAAGCUGGCAGACUUUGGUUUGGCUCGAGCCUUCAGCCUCGCUAAAAACAGCCAGGGAAACCGUUACACAAACCGUGUGGUCACACUGUGGUACAGACCUCCAGAGCUGCUGCUAGGUGAGCGAGACUAUGGCCCUCCCAUUGAUCUGUGGGGAGCGGGCUGCAUCAUGGCAGAGAUGUGGACUAGAAGUCCCAUCAUGCAAGGCAACACUGAGCAGCACCAGCUAACUCUGAUCAGCCAGCUGUGUGGCUCCAUCACUGCUGAGGUGUGGCCUGGUGUGGAUAAGAAAUAUGAGCUGUACCAGAAGAUGGAGCUGCCUAAAGGCCAGAAGAGGAAAGUGAAGGACCGCCUCAAAGCUUAUGUCAAAGACCCGUAUGCCCUGGACCUCAUAGAUAAACUCCUGGUCCUUGACCCAGCACAGCGCAUUGACAGUGAUGACGCACUCAACCAUGACUUCUUCUGGUCUGACCCCAUGCCAUCAGACCUGAAGAACAUGCUUUCCACCCACAAUACCUCCAUGUUUGAGUAUCUGGCCCCGCCCAGACGAAGAGGCCACAUGCCCCAGCAACAGCCCAAUCAAAACCGAAACCCCGCCACCACCAGUCAGACAGAGUUUGAUCGAGUGUUUUAGUGGGUAAUUUUAUGAUCAGUUGACCUGAUUUGACAUGAGGAAACUUUGUUCUCAGUUGCCCUAAAGUUCAUGAAAGCUGCACAUUCCGUCUUGACUUUAGCUGCAGUUUGUGUUCAACUGUUUGUGCGAGUUCAUGGCAAAGGAUGCAGGUUGCUCGGGUUCACCAGCAUUAAGACUGUUGGGCUCACAGUUAUGCAGAGCCGUUUGCAAGCAAAGCUAAGAAGAUAGUUUGGGUGUGUUUACCCAAGUUUUAACUUAGAUGACUAUGUUUUUUAGUCCAGUAUGUUAGUUUUUUGCAGUUUCACAUUUGUCAUAUUAUUUUUUUUCUAUGAUAAAUACAUUUAUUUACAGGUUG